CACUUCAAUUUUAAACCGCCGGUCCGCUGCUGCCCCAAUCGGCAAUCGUCCACGACUGCCACGCCGAAGCUGACUGCGCCGGACGCCGGUCACUCGGUGCCCCACUGCCAGGACUUGAACUGGCGAUUUUGCUUCCUCCACUCAUCUUCAGCUCCCUACAUAGCCGUUAACAUCUUUUAUUCCGGAUUCUAACCAAAAGGUCUCCACAUCAAUGCGCCUACGGUGGAUCUGAAAAGAACAGCCUUCGUAUGUGUAAGACCGAUGCUUCUUAUUACAGGCUGAAAACUUGACUUUGUCAUUGUUUGGCUAUUAUCUUCGUGCAACCCACCACAGCACCGCUCUCCGGCUACAAGUCCUCUCGUACUCAUCACUUACUAGCCAUGCUCUUUAAUUAUGCUAAUAAUAGUUUCGCCUCUGCUGGCAGUAGAAUUCCUACAGCCCCUCAAUCAUCAUGGUCUGGUCCUCCUGGUGUUGAUAUUGGACCGGCUGUUGCUGACCCAUUUCUUUCCGGGUUGAAGCGUCCCUCGUCUGAAGCCCUAUAUCAUCAGACAGUUUUGGGUGGUCAUAGUACAGUUGGGCAAACUGAAUCUUGGUUUUCAAGCAAUCCUUUAGCCAAGCGUCCUAGAUUUGAGACUGCAUGCAAUUUGCCCAUCUAUCCCCAGAGGCCUGGAGAGAAGGACUGUGCCCAUUACAUGCUCACAAGAAUCUGUAAGUUUGGAGAUAGCUGCAAGUUUGACCAUCCUAUUUGGGUUCCAGAGGGUGGAAUCCCAGAUUGGAAAGAGGUAGCCAUUACAAGUGAAUCUCUUCCAGAGAGACCAGGAGAGCCAGAUUGUCCGUAUUAUCUAAAGACUCAAAAGUGCAAGUAUGGCAUUAGGUGCAAAUUUAACCACCCAAAAGAUAAGGAUGCCUUUGAAAAUACUGAUGUUCUUGUCUUACCUGAAAGGCCUUCGGAACCUCUAUGUGCGUUUUACAUGAAGACGGGAAAAUGUAAAUUUGGUGCUACCUGCAAAUUUCACCAUCCAAAAGAUAUACAAAUACAGGCUUCUGCACAAGAAAAUGGCAGCACAUCACUGACUGGAUUAGUUGAUAAUGGUGAAAUGAUUGGUGAUGUGAAGCAAACUGUCAGCCCAGCUAUGCUGCAUAAUUCCAAGGGUCUCCCUAUCAGACUGGGUGAAGUUGAUUGCCCUUUCUACUUAAAAACUGGAAGCUGCAAGUAUGGAGCCACUUGCCGCUACAAUCAUCCAGACAGAUAUACAAUUAAUCCACCUACUGCUGCUAUAGGACAUGCAUUUGUAACAUCUCCUGCAGCCCAUCUUAAUGUUGGGGUUGUUAAUCCAACUGCCUCACUUUUUCAAACAUUUGAUGCUAGAAUGGCACAAACAAUGUUUGGAUUUGCCACAACUAUCUACCCACAACGGCCUGGACAGGUUGAAUGUGAUUUCUACAUGAAAACUGGGGAGUGCAAAUUUGGAGAGAGAUGCAGGUUUCACCACCCUCUUGAUCGUUCAUCACCGGUUACAUCCUCAAUGGAAGGCCAGCAGCAAAAUGUUAAGCUCAGUCUUGCAGGGCUACCUAGACGGGAGGGUGCUAUACAUUGUCCAUAUUAUAUGAAAACUGGAACAUGCAAGUAUGGAGCAACAUGCAAAUUUGAUCAUCCGCCACCAGGGGAGGUAAUGGGUUGAAGAGGAAGGAUAUGCGAAGAAAUUAACAACUUUUUGUUCUGUUCAGCAGCAGAGCAGAGGAUUUGGUCUGCUACCUCUUCUAAGUUGAAAGAACUAAUUGUUUCAGAUUUGUUUGAUGGGUUAUGAUAUUUUAUUCUCAAGUUGGAUUGCCCAUGUUGUAACUGGUGGAGAUUAGUAUAGCUUAUUAUACAGUGGACGGAGCUCUAUAAUGAUUGGCUUGUCUAUGUUAGGUUACAUUGGUGUGUAAAAAUACAAAUUAUUAGUUAUGCUCAAACUACAUGUUACGUGAUUCUGUCGCUCUAGUGAAUUGUAAAAUUACUAAAAUCAAUUAUUUUUGCU